CUCAUGUCGGACUCACCAUCAACGCCAGCUGCUGAUUUCUCUUCAUCUCCCCCCAAACGGACCAAGAUCGUCUUGCUGGGCGACCAGAGUGUCGGGAAGACGAGUCUCAUCACCAGAUUCAUGUAUGACACCUUCGACAACACCUAUCAAGCGACUAUCGGCAUUGAUUUUCUGAGCAAGACCAUGUAUUUGGAGGAUCGAACCGUCAGAUUACAACUAUGGGACACGGCUGGUCAAGAACGAUUUCGAUCACUAAUUCCAUCAUAUAUCCGAGAUUCAUCAGUCGCAAUCGUUGUUUUUGACAUCACAAAUCGCCAGUCAUUCUUGUCUACGACCAAAUGGAUCGACGAUGUACGCUCAGAACGAGGGAACGACGUUAUUAUUGUGCUGGUUGGAAACAAAGCUGACUUGUCUGACAAGCGUCAAGUAACUCUAGAGGAAGCCACUGCUAAAUCUACGCAACUCAACAUCAUGUUCAUGGAAACUUCCGCCAAGGCUGGACAUAAUGUGAAGAGCCUAUUCAAAAAAAUUGCCAUGUCAUUGCCAGGGAUGGAGAAGGAGAAUCAGGCGGACCCCAAUACCAAAAUCGAUGUCACGACGCCAACAGCAGGCGAGAUACCAGAAGCAUCACAAUGCAGCUGUUAAUCAGUCAUAUGCAUGUCCAGUCGUCUCUCAUAGUACUAUUUAUUGUCCUGGAGUACGGGGGGUACAGGGAGCAUCUACAACGCCAGUUCAGAUUGAUCUUCCUCCGUCAGAAUGUCCGUUUCGUUUAUCUUGGUUGAUCAUGAUACCCUUACCUUGUCUUCUUUCCCACAAUAUUGUGGAGGAUAUUAUAGAGUUUGACUUGUG